CAGCGCGCGCGCACCACCGCUACUACGGCACAACAAAAACAAAGCAGCGGACCAACACACUUUGGACACACACACACAACGUUUGCUCUCCGCGGGAAAAGGAUCUUUUUUUUUUAAAGUAUACUUUUUUGUUGUUGUUAUUCUUAUAAACCGUUUUUGUUGUCGCUUUCUUACCGGCUUGGGAUGUGAAUGUGACUUUCAGCCCAGACUUUGCGCCCGCGCGGAGCACGCAGCACUUCCUCCAGACUUCGUUUCGCACAUUUCACAGGCCGAAGUUUAGGACUUUCUGAGCGGCGCGACAGGUUCGUCACACUUUACAUGACAUUUUAACACUCGGCUCCGUCACCUCUCGACCAAUGGCGGAAGCGGCCCAGCAGCCACACCUGGUGGAAAUUGACCCGGAUUUCGAGCCCCUGUCGCGGCCCCGGUCGUGCACUUGGCCUUUGCCCCGACCGGAGUUCGUCAACCCGGGCGACUCCAACACGUCCUCGCCGGUGCCCUCCGUGAAGCAGGAGCCCGCCGGCAACGACUUCAUCAACAACCUGAGCCUGCUGGAGGAGAGCGAGGACUUCGCGGAGCAAAAGCCCGCGAUCCUGUGCGCCGACUUCCAGUGUCGGGAGGACUGCGUCCACCGGCGACCUCCGCAGCAGCAGCAGCAACUCCAGCAGCAGCAGCAGCAGCAGCAGCAUCACCACCAUCACCCUCAGCAGCAGCAGCAGCAAAACCCAAACGCGCAACUCCCGCAUCAUCAGCAGCAGCAGGUGUCUCUGCUCUCCUCCCCGGCGGGAUCGUCCUCCCCGACGGCCGCGGCCGCAGCGGCCGCCGCUGCCCAGCGGAAGAGCAGCUCCUCCCGGCGGAACGCGUGGGGGAAUAUGUCAUAUGCAGACCUCAUAACCAAAGCGAUCGAGAGCUCUCCCGAGAACCGACUCACGCUGUCUCAGAUCUACGACUGGAUGGUGAAGAGCGUGCCGUAUUUCAAGGACAAAGGUGACAGCAACAGCUCGGCGGGCUGGAAGAACUCCAUCAGGCACAACCUGUCGCUGCACAGCCGCUUCAUCCGCGUGCAAAACGAGGGCACGGGGAAGAGUUCCUGGUGGAUGCUUAAUCCGGAGGGCGGCAAGAGCGGGAAGUCCCCGCGACGCAGGGCGGCCUCCAUGGACAACAACAGCAAGUUCACCAAGAGCAGAGGCAGAGCGGCUAAGAAAAAGCUGUCCCUGCAAGGCGGCCCUGACGGAGGCGCAGACAGCCCGGGUUCCUACUCCAAGUGGCCUGGCAGCCCCAACUCCCACAGCAACGAUGACUUCGAUGCAUGGAACAGCUUCAGGCCUCGGACCAGCUCCAACGCCAGCACCCUGAGCGGCCGUCUCUCGCCCUUCAUGCCCGAAGACGAUCUCGGGGAGGGCGACGUGCAUAUGGGCUACCCGGGGGCUCCCGGGGCGAAGAUGACAGCCACCCUGCCCAGCCUCACGGAGAUGACAGGCUCCCUGCGACACGGUUCCGAGAAUAUCAUGGAGAACCUUUUGGACAACCUGAACUUGCUGUCGCCCAACAACCCUCAGGUCGGGGGACGUGCGACGACCCCCGGCUCCUCCCAGUCCUCUCCGUCUCCUAUGAUGCAGCCGAGCCCCGGGUACCCCGCUUACAGCUCUCCGAGCAUGGCCCCGCAGCCUCAGCAGGAGUACCUCAAGUGUGUGUACGGCCAAGCGGGGAUGAGCACGCUGUCGUCCAUGCCGCUGCAGACACUGCCAGAGAGCAAGCCCAGCUUCGGGCCCGCCAUGGGCCAGUACAGCUGCCCCGCGGGUCUUCUGAAGGAGCUGCUGACGUCAGACACAGACCAGCACGGCGAGCUCAUGCCGUCGGUGGACACGGUGGUGUCUCAGUCCGGCGGGGGCUGCAUGCUGCCGCCGUACAGCAGCGGUCAGCACGCGGCCAAACUCAUGGGUGGCGGGAGCGCUCAUCCGCACGUCCUGGGGCACACUCACGGCCGCAGCGCUCACGGCCAAGCCCCGGUCACGUCCCCGGCCAUGAACGGACGCUUGCUCAUGUCGCUGAGCCACAACGGGGGCCACAACGGGGGCCCCGCGCGUUUGCCCGCAGUCAAAGGCCCUAUGCAGAUGCCGUACGGCCUCUCCAGCCACCUUAGCGCAGGAGGCAUGCCCGGUGGCUUCUGCCCCCUCAGUACCAACGGAUACGGCCGGCCGGGCCUGCCGCAGCCGUUGCACCCGGAGAAGCUGCCCAGCGACUUGGACGACAUGUCCAUCGAGAAGUUUGAGUUCGACAUGGAGACGGUCCUCCACGACACUCUGAUGGACGGGGACUCCCUGGACUUCAACUUUGAGCCAAUGAUGACCCAGCAAGGUUUUUCCCACGGAGUGAAGAGCACUACGCACAGCUGGGUGUCGGGGUAGAAGCUGUACUGCUGUUGCUGUUUGGUAAAAAAGAACAACAACAAAAAACACAAUCGCAACUCAUGUGAGACAAAAAGGUGCGUCUUUGGAUCCUCGAGCCAACUUCAGCUGCAGUCCACGUACCAUCCACCGUCAAAAACACCUUUUCGGAUCACGUCAGCAGACUGAGGCUGGUCGUGAUAAGCUGAGGACGCGUCUCCAUUAGAACCCUUGGAACUGGUGGAGAAAACAUUUGAAUUAUCUUCGAAAUAUCAAAUCAUUUGUACAAACUAAGUGCCAAACAAUUUGCCUUAACUAAGAGCCAAAACGGAAUCACACCUCUGGUUUACUUCUGCAAGUGACACUGCCAACCGCAUCAGCAGCAGCAGCACAAUCUGUCAUACCGUGAUGUUUACCGUGUGAUCACAAUCAACAUGUUUGUAUGUACAGUGUGGUGAUAAUUGAUUACCACUACGGAAGAAUGAUGAAGGUAAUCUGGCUCAUGGGUUUGUCAACUGACAUUAUGUAAAGUGAGAGACUUCUCAAGGGAUCCUCGGAUCAUGUUACAUGGUUACUCACUUUGUUGUUGCCUGAAUGUACAUAGCGCCAUCAUACAGGUUGUAAAAUCAGGCCUCUUAGUGUAUUUUCUAAGACUGUACAUAGUGUUUACAGAGCGGAAGCAAAGGUCGAGGCAGCAGAGGUGAGCCCGCGUUGUAAACUGGAUCCGAUUCUUUGAAACAUACGUCAAGUGGACAGAUCCGUGCUUUAGGAGCUCGGGCCGUAAAAUGGUAACACGUGUUCUGAUUUCUUGUACAUACAUUAAGAAUGUAUUCUAAAAUAAUGUAGUAGAUGUUUACUGGAUUUAGUAUAUAUAUUUGAGACCUAAAUUAUUUAUGGUUAAAAUAGAUUUAUUCUAGUGCACAACCUGCACUCAGACAUCAGAACUGUUCUGAGUAAUUUGUCACUCUGAACCUUAAUACCACAGGGGCCUAUUUAUUGUGCCUAACAAAGGACAUCUCGACUGCAGGCUUGAAGGGUUUUAUAUUGUAAAUGUCUACGGUCCAGUAGAUACUCAAAUCCAGCUGUCAUGAAGAAAAGUACAGUGAAUACUUGAUUUAAAGUUCCCUGCAUCCCUUCUUUUUUUUUUAGAGGUCAAGAAGAUAUGAGUGACUGUAGAUCUUUAUUGUUUGGUUUUCCUGAACGUUUCGCAGCUAUGUGAAUAUUAAGAGGUCACACGUCGGUGGAUAAAAGAUAUUCUGUGCUGCUGUUAUUUUCACAUCGAGGCUGAGUAUUUAAGAAGCCUGUCCACUGUAUGGUUUCAGAACUUUUUUUUUUUUUCUGUCUCAAACAGUUAGUGUGACUACUUGACUAUGAAAACUUUUUGUCCAAAAAGGAUCGUCUGAUGCUGUCGGUAGAAUCAUCUUUUUUGCUCCACAUUCACUCUGCCCCUUCUACCUCUACCCAUCUUCAAGUCCAAUGUUCAAUAACACAAGUUUUACGUCUGAAUGAAUAGAUUCCAAUCAUCUUCUCAAUCAAGUCUAUUUCAAUUUGCCCCUGAAAAGCGCCACUAAGUGUUAAGUAUUUUAUCUAGCAUGUAUAUCUGCAUUCUCUGUCUCGCUUUUCCCACCUGUUGCUGUACUAACAAUGAGCUUGACGGCCUGUCAGUGACUUAUUAUACAGACUCACAAAUAGUGGUCACCUCUGUGAGAAGGGUGUCUAUGAACACGAGUACUUCUAACGAAGUCGACUGUUUCUGUGGCUGAAAGACCCGUUUAGAGAUAACAAAAGUAAUCGGCUUAUUCUACCUUAAUGUUUAUUGCAUUGUUUACCCAGAAACCACAUAUAUCAAUGUGGGUCUGAUCAUGUGUUAUAAAGGGCUCUGAGUAUGCAAGCUUUUACUUAAGUCGUUCUGCUAGCAACUUUCCCUCAAACCGAGGGGGGGAAUGCUCUUUAAAUAGUUUGGGUGUUUGGUGGGGGGGGAACAAAAACGUGCAUACUCCAGAUCAGUAAUGUCACAUGGUCUGACACCACAUGUCAUUUUGCUACUAAGUCCAGGAAGUUGGGCAGGUUUUACUAGAGUAAAAAGGAAUUCUUGACAUUUCAAAAGGCCGUUAAAUAAGCUGCUGUUUGGCUUUGGUGCCGGGUGUUUCCCUUUCUUACCCAAAUAUGCCAUAGUGUACUUUAGCCAAAUUUGCCUUUGAAGUCAAAGCGAUACAAUUAGCGUUUUUUUUUCAUGUGAUAUGUUCAGAAUGAAAUAUAUAUUUGUGCCGGUCACUUAAGUCAGGAUAAACUGUAAAGAAUCCAUACAGCCAGUCAAACAGGAUUCACUCUAAAAGUAAACGAGCUGUACUAAGUAAAUUAUAUCUCUACAUUUUUAAAUGAUUGAAUCUAUGCAUUGUAUUCCUUAAUUUUAUGUUGCUAUUUUCCUUUUCAUUGAACUUAUGACAGAGAUAUUUUAUUGUAACAUAGCGCUGUGAGAUAUUAUGGUGUUGUUCUUGUCAAAACUAUAUGUUCCAGAUAGUUAUAUGGGAUAAAGAUGAAGUUUAUUUAGAGAAUAGAUGCAGUGAUUAAUAUGCUAAGCUUUUGUUAACUGACAAUGUUGUAUUUCUUGUAUUUAGCUACAGUUUUUAGAAAAUAGCAUCAAAAAGCAAAUUGCUGAAAAAAAUGUUAAGACAUAUUGAAUUUUUUAAAUGGAAAACACAAUAUUUAGUCUGUCAGAGAAUUCCUGCUCAGAAUGCAGUUUGGGGACCAAUUUUUGUAAUUUUAUGAAUAGAGAGAUAUUGCACUUUUACUUACAUGUUAUGAUUAAGUGCUCCUCACAACAAGAGGAAGAGUUCCCAUUACAUAUUUUAAAAUGAAAAUCUGUUACAUUGAAUUUAUAUACAGGAAUAAAUUGGAAUUUUGCUGUGUGAUUUGCAAUCAAUACAAAUAUGUAACUUGUUCAAUAUUAAUGUAUUAAGACCUGAAUAAAUGUUCCUCUGUGUUA